GUGGAUGUUGGAAAAUCUUGGAGUUACGGGUGCCGUACUAGGUUUUUUGCUCUCUCUUUCUUGCCCUUGGUUUUGCGCUGGUGUUUUCGUGAAGAAUCUCCGUUGGAAGCCUCUACAAAUCUGCGUCUUUCUGGACAAUUGCAUUUUUACCCUACGCGGAAAACCUGUUCAACAUGGGCGUUCUGACUCUCGGGGUUGUUGUGCCUAUUACUUUGGUAUCCUUAAUCCUUUCAAACGCCGUCUUUAAUCUCUAUUUUCACCCUCUAAAGAAUUUUCCGGGGCCUUGGUUUGCCGGGGCGUCAAGGCUGUGGUACAGUCUCAAGGUUUUCCAAGGGCGCCAUAAAUACGCAAUCAAAACCCUUCACGACGAUUACGGUCUCGUCGUACGCAUUGCACCAAAUGAGCUCUCAUAUAUAGAUCCAGGUGCUUGGAAUGACAUCUACGGCAAGAACGCGCACCACAACGGAUCACACACACUGGAGAAAGAGACCGGCACUUUUGGUGCUGGCUUUGGAAACUCUGAAACGCUUGUUGAUGCCGACAGCACGACAUACAAAGCCCAAAAGAAAAACGCUCUGCGAGGAUUUUCCCACCAAGAACUGAUUAAAAAGGGGGGCAUAAUGACAUUCUAUGCCGACGAUUUCAUCCAAAAUCUCAAAAAUUCUUUUGAAAAGGGAAACCUCGGGGCUGUUAAUAUUGAUGCAUGGAUCGGAAAUACAAUACUUGACAUACAUGGCAAGCUCGUCAUUGGCCAGGACUUUGGAGCGAUCCAUAGGGGGCCUCUGCUUCACUUUAUCGUCAAGUCUAUGCACAAGGCCGUGACUGUUAUACAAUACGUUGCGCUGCUUCAAUAUCUACCUCGAGUGUUUACUUCUUUACUUUCUUUGCCGAUAUUUCCCCGUCGUGAUAUAUUCGCAGUAUUCAGCAACUUACCUCCACUCGGUCCAGCAAUCAAUGAGCGUAUAGCAACUGAGAAGGGUUUGGACAAAAGCUCAGAUAUGGUCCAUCACAUGAUGGCAGAAGGAACAAUCGACCACGACACCAUUAGAAAAAACUCAUUCAUUUUAAUCCUCAGUGGCGUUGAGACACUCCCUGGCUACAUUUGCUCUAUUCUCUACUACUUGCUCGAAAAUCCGCAAUACUUUGCCAAAGCUAGCAAUGAGAUCCGGAUAAGCUUUCAGAGUCAAGAUGAGAUUACACCCGCUUCAACACAGGAUUUACCAUAUUUAAAAUCCUGCUUGAAUGAAGCUCUUCGUUUAUCGCCGCCCUUUGUGGGUGCGCUACCCCGUCGAGUCCCUCCAGCCGGCGUAACAAUUUGUGGUCAAUUUGUACCCGGGGGUACGAUAGUAGGUAUACAUAAUUGGUCUCUGACGCACAGUACACGUUAUUGGAAGAAUCCAGAACAAUUCAGACCCGAGCGUUGGCUCGGUGACUCGGCAUACGCAGAUGACAAGCGGGAGUAUUUUCGGCCUUUUGGCUUUGGGCCCAGGACGUGUGUUGCGAGGCAUCUUGUUAUUAUAGAGGCUGGAUUGAUUCUUGCAAAGAUCCUCUUUGAAUUUGACAUGGAAUUGGACGCCUCUUGCGGACCUCGCUGGCCAAUUAAUAGAGGGCACCUUGUUCCAACUAGGCAACCGCUCGUUGUUACAGUUAAAUCACGUACUGGGAAUAAGUAA